AUGUGUGAUUUCCCGGCGGUUGUUGAAUUGAAUGUGGGUGGAGUGCAGUACGCUGCCAGCUUGGAUACACUCAAAUCAGAGGAUGGAUCUUGGCUGCAGGAGAAGUUUGGUGGAAGUGCAGAUGACCUGCCCAGGGAUAGCCAGGGUCGAUUCUUCAUCGAUCGCGAUGGCGGCCUGUUCCGGUACGUGUUGGAGUACCUUCGAGACCCGGCCAGGUACAAGUUGACGUCGGAGUUCCAGGAUAGGGUGCGACUGCGAAAGGAGGCAGAGUACUUCCGGUUGGGUGGACUGGUGGAAGCGUUGACCAAGGAUCCCGGUUGCAUCACCAUCGGUUACCGGGGCAGUUUUCAGUUUGGCCGUGACGGUCUGGCGGACGUCAAGUUCCGAAAGAUUACCCGGUUGCUGGUCCACGGACGGGUGGCGAUUUGUCGUGAGGUGUUUGGUGACACGCUGAACGAAUCGCGCGAUCCAGAUCACGGUGGACCGGAUCGCUACACGGCGCGGUUCUUCCUGAAGCACGUCUUCAUCGAGCAAGCCUUCGACAUGCUGCAGGACAACGGAUUCCGGUGCGUUGGGAGCUGCGGAUCGGGCACAGCCGGAUCCAUCACGGAAAACCUGAAGCCCGGCGUAGACUCGGAGGAGAACCGCUGGAACCACUACAAUGAGUUUGUCUUCAUCCGCGACUAAGGCCGUGCGGGUAUUGCUGCCGUCGGGAGCAUCGGCGACCAAGAGAUAAGUGACAGAAAUCUGUAGAUAUUAUGUGAUACAUUCAAUAGCCACAAGUUUGGUUAGCCCAGUGCAAGAAGAUUGCGAUUCGAUUAUACAGGAUUUGCGUUUGUUGGUCUACUGCUGUUCAAUUUGGGGUUGAAGAAAACAAAAAGAAAGUAGGAUAAUUGUGCGAACGAAUAAUCACUUCAGAUUCAGAACUUGACAUGCAUCGAUUCCGGUUUCCGUCACAGCUGACGGAGAGCAAACUUGUUGAGAGUCCGUUAUUAGUUGUUUCGAGUUGAGUUUUGCGGAGUGGAAAACCGCAUCAUCAUUAUCGGUUCGGCUCCACUUUCCACAAUUGGAGGGU